AUGUCAGCGGCUCAAUCCCACUUCAAUAUCAAGGCCCUCCCUGCUGAUUUGCGUCCCGACCUUUUCCAUAGAGGUAUUGGACCCGAACCCGACUCAAACUUACACGCCUACUCUCUAAACCGUUCUCAUUACGACAACUCUGUUCACGCGACGUCCCACCAACAAGGCUUCGCGGACACUGCCCUUUUCACCCAAGACUUCGCUUUUUCUACCUACCAGGGCCUAAGAGAACGCUCAUCCAUUAGUUCUGCUGUCUCAGAGGAACAUGCCCCCGGCUUGUUUGCCAAUCGACAGCGCCAGUCCAUCUCCUCAACCAUGGCAGACACUCAAGUGACAGCGCCGUCAAUCACAGCCCACGCUCCCUACUUCGGGACCGCUGAUUCCAAUCGAGGAAGAUCAAGCGUGGACGGAUCUGAUGAUGGGAGCCCAGAUGCCAACCACAAUGGUCACUCAUUGGAGGACCCAGUGUCGGAUGAGUUCGGCUUGACUUCGCUAGGACCGGGUGAUGGGACUGACUUGGGCGCCAAACAUAAGGACGACAAAUCUGACACCGCUCCGGCGUGGACCCGGAAGGCCGCGCCUCGGACUGAUUAUAUGGCCAUGCUCGACAAGCGACUGAAGAGAAUGGAGGAGCGCAUCAUCAAGAUUGUCCCAAAGAACGAGCAGGACGGCAUCUCGUCCGCUGUCCCGCGCGCAGUAGUAAAACCUGCAAUUCCCGGCACUCUAUCUUCAGGCAAGGGAAAUUCCAGAAAACGUGGUGCCGAGGAGGCUUUCGGGCAGGACUUGGACAAUUGGGCCAAAGUACCCACGAAACCGAGCCUCGAAAGCCCGCCAAGGCCAACUUCUUUGAUGAUGGUGCACGAAUCUGAGGAGACGAAGCUGUUGCAGGAGGGAGUACAGUCUUUGCCAUCCAGGGAGAUCCAAGAGCAUCUCGCAGACGUGUUCUUUGAGAGUGUCUAUGGGCAAGCAUAUCACAUACUUCACAAACCAAGCUACAUGAGGAAGUUGAGGGCUGGCACCUUACCGCCUGUUCUCAUCCUCUCCGUAUGCGCCAUGUCCGCUCGAUUCUCGAACCAUCCUAAAUUGAACACUUCGCCAGCCUUCUUGCGAGGCGAGGAGUGGGCUGCCGCUGCUCGAGACAUCGUCACAAAAAGAUACGAGUGGCCCAAUAUAACCAUCCUCACGUGCCUUCUUAUAUUGGGAUUGCAUGAAUUUGCUACAUGCCACGGAGGGCGCAGUUGGGCCCUCGCGGGGCAAGCAAUAAGAAUGGCAUUUGCUCUUCAAUUACACAAGGAUCUCGAAUAUGAUCCUUUGAGACCCGGUACCCGGCUUAGCUUCACAGAUCGCGAGAUUCGCAGGAGGACCAUGUGGGCGUGCUUCCUCAUGGACAGGUUCAAUUCAUCCGGGACUGACCGGCCGACUUUUAUCAAAGAGGAAACAUUGAGGAUUCCGCUACCAAUCAAGGAGAAGAACUUCCAGUUCGAAGACAUGCCAGGUUUGACAGAGAACCUGCAAGGCGAGGUUCCUAACAGUGCCGCUUUGGAAGGCAUGGAGAAAGAAGACGCCAAGAACAACAUGGGCGUAGCCGCGUACAUGAUCAAGGCGGUAGCAAUCUGGGGCCGUGUGAUAAACUAUCUCAACCAGGGCGGGAAGGACCUGGAUGACAAGCCCAUGUGGGAUCCCGAUUCCGAGUACAUGAAGCUCAUCAAGCAAGCGGAGGACAUGGCAACGUCAUUGCCCGAGUCGCUGGUAUACAAUCCUGAUAAUCUCCACUUACAUGACACAGAAGGCAUGGCGAACCAAUUCCUCUUCCUCCACAUUGCCAUCCAGCAAAAUAUACUAUUCCUCAGUCGGUUUGCGGUUUCUUCACCAAACGCGAAUUCUCUCCAGGACAUACCCAAAUCCUUCGUCACCAAGGCCGGUGCGAAGGCCUUUUGCGCAGCGAAUCGCAUCUCCGAGCUCCUCAAGGACUCCGAGUCCUGCUUCAUCACUGCACCUUUCGUGGGCUACUGCGCAUUCCUGUCCAGCACAGUACACAUAUUCGGCAUAUUCUCCGGCAAUCCCACCAUCGAAGCGACCUCAAAGAGGAACUUGGCAAUCAACAUCAAAUCACUUUCGAAGAUGAAGCGCUUCUGGGGGAUGUUCCACUUCAUGACAGAGAACCUGAGGGAUCAAUACCGCAACUGUGCCGACGCGGCACGGCGCGGCACCCUGCCAGGCGACGCAUCGUCAUCUCCCAUCUUCCAGUACGGAGACUGGUUUGAUCGAUACCCACACGGCGUAUCACAGUCCGAUUUCGUCGACCCGGCCAUCUACAAGAAGAAAGAGAAGGGCGAGGACGCCGUCCUGGAGCAGAAGCCCGAGCUGCACACUGUGGAGGAGUUCUUCACGACCUUGUCACCGCAGACCAAGGAAGCGGGAGCACGUUCAAACUCGAUGUCCAUGAAAAAGGCAAAGGCCCUUGCGGCGAAGAGGCACAGCAUAAGCUCUGCUCGCAGCGACCCCCACGGAACAGCCCACGGCCUGGAACCGCUGAUGACGGACAUGAACGCGGACCAGCUGCAUCGCCUGCAGCAGCAGGGUCGCUACCCGGGCGCCGCCCUGGGCGGCCAGACGAGUCGUGCGGCGAGCUUCUCCGCCCUCAGCGCCGCGCCACACUCGGCCGCGUACCACGGCACCAUCUCGCCCAUCAGCCCGGUCACGGUCGGCCACGGGCAGUUUGGCGGCGGCGGCGGUCACCACGGGAUGUACGGCCACGACAUGCUCUCGCUGCAGCUCGCGCAGAACGGCAUGCUCCCGCACUCGAUGCUGGGGCCGUCGUAUGUCUCUGCGGGGCUGGACCCCACAGCGACGGCGGCCAUGAUGGACGGGUUGCCCGGCUGGGACGGUGCCGACAACAACAACGGUGGCGGCAGGGAGGCAUCCCGCGGUUCGGCGGACGGCCCGCACAACAACCCGCACCACACCGUCUUCGGGCACGGGCACGACGGCGGGUCGGCAGCCUGGUUCAUGCCGUUCAACUCGACCGAGGUGGGCGAUGUCGGCCUGGCGUCUGCGAUCGACGGGUUCGGGAGCAUGUUUGGCUCAGGCGCCGGAGGGCACGGCUCCGGGAUGGGCGGGGGCCAUUGA